AUGGCGCGAUUGAGUUUCGCCGUUGUCAUGGCCCUUCUUAUCAACUUCACGAAUGCCUAUGGCAAUCCAGGCGUCGUUUAUACCGAUUGCGAAUGCGACGACUUCCCCGAUGUGUUCCCGCCGAAUCCCGAUGGUAGCGAUUGGAAGGAUUGCAGUCCACCAAAGCCGACGACAACGACACCAAAGCCAACGACGACGACACCAAAGCCGACGACGACCACACCAAAGCCGACGACGACCACACCAAAGCCAACGACGACCACACCAAAGCCAACGACGACGACACCAAAGCCAACGACGACGACGACCACCACUACCACCACCACUACUACACCAAAACCGACAACCACCACGCCUCUGUUGCCGGUGACGGGACCAGGCACACGAGACUUCGGCAGCGGUGGCCUCGGCGAAGAGUUGUCGGUGUCGAUCAAGUCCGGCUAUUUGGGAUCGGGAAAGACGGGCUCGCGACGACGACGAUUCGGCUAA